AUGAACUUGUCAAGCCCACUUUUUCGGAUGUCUUCCAAGGGGAGUAUCUCGAAACAUAAAUCUCUUGGCCGAUAUGAGACAAUCGCAAAUUUGUUAGAACAAUUUUUGAAGGGGAAUUUAAAACACAAUUAUAAAUUUACUAAUUUACCAGAUGGUUAUUAUUUAAUCGAUGAAAUAAUUCAACUACCUGAGUUUAAAAAAGAAAACUGUACAUACGAAGAUCUUGUUGAAGUUGUUCACACAGAUGCAGCAUUACGCUUUAGUGUUAGAGGAUCGAAAGUUCGUCUAAAACCACCAGAAUUAAAUAAAGACCCUGAUGUCAUCUUAUCAAAGAAAUUAGCUUGGAUUCUACGUCAUGGGGCUGAAAAUGUCGGGUUGACGUACGAACCUGGUGGCUAUCUUUACCUAGACAGAAUACUUCAACUGAAACCAUUUCAAGGUGUCAAAGUUGAAGAUAUUUCACGGGUUGUCAAUUCAAAUGAUAAGAAACGCUAUGAACUAUCUACACAUCCUGAAAAUGGUCGUCUACGAAUCAGAGCUUUCCAAGGUCAUAGCGUUACAAUUGAAGGACUUGAUAUAACAUUAAUUGAAAAUCCUCAGGAUUAUCCAACUGUUGUACAUGGAACAUACUUUCGUAAUUGGGAUUCAAUACGUAAAGAAGGCUUAAAACGUAUGGGGCGAACGCAUAUACAUUUUGCUCCUGGAGAAGUCGGUGAAUCCGGUGUUAUUAGUGGUAUGAGAGCAAGUGCUGAAAUUGUCAUAUAUAUUGAUAUGAUGAAGGCAGUCAAAGAUGGUUAUAAAUUCUACAUUUCAAAGAACAGUGUUAUUCUUUGUGAAGGGAAUAGUGAAGGUUGUCUACCAACAAAGUACUUUCUUGCUGCUUAUCAGCGUCGACCACGUGUAAAACUGGCUCUUGAUGCAUAGACAACUUGACGGAUCAAGUAUAUGCUAAUUAAAUGUCUCUUGUGUAUAGAUUCAUUUUGAAGUACUUAUUUUCCUCUAUGGUUUUAUCAGAAGAGGUGGAGUACACAUCACAUUGUUCAUCCUCAGACAUUAUGAAUUUAUACAUCUGCAUAGUAUCUGUAAUUAUUUAUACUUAUACAGCUGAUUUCCACUAUUCAUUCACUUGUUUCUGCGUGUCUUUUAGCUUUGUUUUGUUUUUUAAUUUUAAUAUACUGUUGUGACCACAUCUAUUUUUGAAGCACCUUACUUUCUUCGUUGUCUUUCAAACAAGUAGCUUCGAACUGCUUUUUAUUGCAGUCAUUUGAGUUUUACUACUUGUUAUUUGAAAGUAGUGUGAUGAUAUAUUUUUGAAAACAACCUAUUCUACUCGUUGAGAUGCAUAGCAUUUGAAUUCAGAGUUUUAUCACUGUUAAUCUUUGUUGGCCUUUUGAUAUGAUAUUUGUUAUUUACCCAUAUCAAUAUCCUUAUACUGCGUGAAAAUAUACUGUGAGUAUUUAUCCACGAAGGACAGUGAUAGCAUGUAGUUGGUUUCUUUCUUAUAUAGUUUCGCAAGUCUGAAGCAAAGCAUACUUUAUCAUGUGUAUGGUGCAUAAAAAAAAAGAAAAAGUGUUUUCAAUAACUUCUUCAGGCUCUACAGUUAUAAAUACAUGAGAAUAAGUGAAAUACAAUAGCUGAAAUAAGGCAUGAUGUACAAUUUUACUUUAUUGAGACAGCAGUGUUAUAUAUGAGUGGAUGGAGAUCAAAUCGAAUGGAAUGGUGGAACUGUUAUCAGUCUAGUGUGUUAGUUGUGCAAUGAAAUCAAUAUUGACAGAACAAUUACGAGAUGAGGAGACAAAAUCUAUAGAUUAAUGAUGGAUCGUGGUUCGCAGUAUCAUAUAAAAACAAUUAUACUACAAUCUAUAGAUGAUGAUUAAUUAAUAUACAUUUAUUGGAGUAUGAAUGUGUGUUUUUGUUGACUAAGGGUCAAUAAUAAUAAUUAUGUAGUGAUGAGUUAUAUUCAGGUGAGAUGAAAAUCAUGUGAAUACUAUAAAUAGAGAAUAACAAAUGUGACGUAUUGCGUCACGGUUGAUAAUGACAACAGGUUGUGGUAUGAAUAAAGAAUGGCGUAAAACUAAUGACAUAAUAAAAUGAAUGUUUAUCAAUUUAAUGACAAUAGCCUCUUUCACCUACCUAGGCAGGCAGCAUCGUUUCAACUACAGGUGGUACAGGCACAGAUGAGGACAUCCAAAACCAAGAUCGGAAAAGCAGGACAAACCUUCAUUAAUCUGAAAUCAGUGUAGAGAUCUACUGCACUACACUCAGCACAAAGAAAAAGAUACGGAUCUUCAACGCCAAUGUCAAGUCAGUCCUUCUGUAUGGUUCAGAAACUUGGCGUGUUACGAAAAGCAUUUCCAACAAACUACAG